AUGGCAACCGUUGCAAUGCAUAUAAUAUUACAAAAUCCUAAAGACUUUAGGUUGGAACCUAACAGCAUUGAAAACAUGACUUUUACACAAUACUUUGAAGAUAAUCAACCUACAGAUGAUUAUUAUGCGUCAUUGGGUUAUUCUAUUACGGGAGUUUAUAUUUGGAUCCUUGGAAGAUGGGAUCAAUUAACGGAAUGGAAUUUCUGGCCAAUUUACGUAAUCAGUAUAGUCGCAAGUAUUUUAUUGGUCAUCAUCAUGCAGAAUUUGUUGAUUGCGUUUAUGACGGAAAAACCAACUGGUAAUCGUAGAGGAAAUCCGAGAUAUAUUUACUAUGUUGGAACUCCUGAAUAUCAAGCUCUAUGGCUGGAUAAAGCUGACAAAUAUAGGAAAUCUCAUAAAUCAUUAUCAUUUGAUGAUAUAAUUAGUAGUCAAUUAUCAAAUGACAAUGAUUCAGAUGAUGAUGAUACUGCAAAGAUUAAUUCUGUAGAAGUGAGCAAUUAUCGUUCAUUAAAA